CGGGGGACGAGACCUCAUCCACCCCCGCCGUUGCCUUGGUCACGCGUUACCGAUGAUGAUGGCGACCGCGAGUGCUAUCGUAGGUAGAUAGCACGAAACAAUAGAAACACACACCAAGGUGGUAGCUACAGCGAUAUGUGUACGGGCGUGCGGCGACGCCACUACGGCCUAUAUCGACGCACUGCACGCGUUCCGUCGAUGCCAUUUUCGCUGGCGUAAUAGCACUGUGAGGCUGGAUGGGAUAAUAUUGCAACAUGAAGGCAUAGAUGUGGCGUGCUGAUAACCCAAUUUCUAUACACCCGCAUCGUCAUUUCAGGGAGAAUAUAACCGUGAUGGAGUCUUAUAUAUUCUCCCUCCUUCUGGAGUAAUAUUACUAGAUGGUCGACCGAUAACCUUACCAUUCUGUGUUAUAUGGAGAUAGUGUGUAGCGGUGGAAUUGCAAUCUACUAAACGAGCGCGUGUAUUCUCGAGGAGGUACGACGCCUUGAGGUGCUAGGUCAACUCUCAGUCACCUUAGAAAUGUAAUUAACUGCAGACCUUGACCCCUGAUCCUUCACCUCUAGAGGGCGCUAUGAGGGGUAAGAAGUCCCACCUGGGCGGCGGGGAGACCCCUAUCAUCUCAGGGGACCUGGAGUCCUACCCGGAGCUGGAGAUGAGCACCACGGACGCAGACAUCGCCAAGAUGAAGCGCAGAGAGAGGAGAAAAAGCCGCCUGUCGGUGGGAGACUCCUGCUACCAGUUUCUGCCGGCAUGGCUCCGGUAUCAAUUCAAAUCCGCGUCCAUGGAGGCGACCUACCAGACUUAUUUCACCAGACAGAGGCGUGACGCCUUACCGGUCCUUGCCGGUUUUGCUUUGCUCUUCGACUUCGUGGUCCUGGCCCUGUACAUCUUUAAGAGCCUGAGCACUGCCAUAGCCAUUAUGGCGAUCACCACAGUCACUAACCUGAUCGUGUUUGCAUUAUGCCAGUACAAACUAGUCACUGACUGGACACUUCUGCAUGUUAUGCCUUACGCUGUUUGGUGUCUCCUGACGGGGCAGACUGCCGUGGACUUGGUGUUUUACUACUUCCCGAUGUCUCCCAGCGAUGGGGUCGGAUGGCAGGUGUUCUUCAUUUUUGCUUCUUUCGUCAUGCUGCCGAUCCGGCUCCGGUACAUCCUGGUGCUUAGUCUGUUCAAUGUUAUCGUUCACAGUGUUAUGGUGGGAGUCAUGUCAACGGUGCACGUCUCCAAUCUUGGCGCCCAGCUUGCAGCCAACUUGAUGAUGUACGCAUGCUCAAUGAUCGUGGGCUGUAUCGUGUUCCUGAUGGCUGAUCGGAAGCAGAGGCGAGCGUUCGUGGAAACCAAGGCGGCUCUAGAGAUCAAGCUCACGCUGCAAGAACAAAGCACACAACAGGAAGAGCUUUUGCUGUCUGUACUUCCCAAACACGUUGCUGACGACAUGAUGGAAGACAUGGGCACAGUUAACAAAGGACAAUUCAACAGAAUCUACAUCCAGAGGCACGAAAACGUCAGCAUCCUCUUUGCUGAUAUUGUUGGCUUUACGGCCAUGUCUUCAAAGAUGUCAGCCAAGGAACUGGUCAAGACGCUUAAUGCCUUAUUCGCAAAUUUCGACAAACUUGCCGAGAGACACCACCAGUUGAGGAUAAAGAUCUUAGGCGAUUGCUACUACUGCAUAUGCGGCGUGCCUGAGCAGCGACCUGAUCAUGCUGCCUGCUGUGUGCAGAUGGGACUAGACAUGGUGGUAGCUAUAGCCGCUGUGAGGGAAAAGACGCAGUCUGGCGUGGACAUGCGCGUUGGCAUCCACACAGGCGCCGUGCUGGCCGGGGUCAUGGGUCAACAGAGGUGGCAGUUUGACGUGUGGAGCACUGCCGUGGUGCUGGCCAAUCACAUGGAGUCUGGCGGGAUACCGGGUCGCGUGCACAUCUCCCAGGACACCUUCGAGUUUCUCAACGGUGAGUUUGAGAUCGAGCCAGGCGAGGGGGAGACGCGAGACGAUUACAUCAAGGACCGGGGCAUCAAGACGUACCUCAUUAAGGUUAACAAGGACAGUGUACAGAAAGCGGCUGCCUUCAACUCCAUCAUUCUCUCAGAUGACGCAUCGACGACCAAGAAAUCAGAGGAAGAAGAAAGUGAUGAAAAGGCUGAGAACGCAAACGGCAAGACAGUCACCUUUGAAGCGGAGGGAGCAACGGAAUCCAGACCUGAUGAAGGAAUUACCAACCGCAAACUGUACGAGGCGCUGGUGGAAAGAGAAACAGACGCAGAGAAGACGAGCGGCAUGCGGCGGUUGACCCUCUGGUUCCAAGACAAGAAUUUAGAGGAGACGUUUCAUCGGGAGAAGGAGCGACAGAGUCCGGUCGGUAUGGGCUGCGCGGUCAUCAUCAUGAUCUUCGGCUUCUGCGUACAGCUGGCAGUGUUACCGAGAACAACGACAAGUUACGUAACUUUUGGCGUCGGCAUCUUUCUGGUCCUUCUGAUAUUCUACACGUCGAUGGCAACCAGCUUCAGAAAAAGAUACCCGGAUGUGCUCAUUAGCGUGGCCAGCUGGAUGGAGAGCACGUACGUGGCGCGGACGCUGAUAGUCACGUGCGUCGCCGUUACCGUGGCAGCGUCAGACAUUGUGGACAUGGUUGUUUGUGAGAAUACAAAAAACCCAAUUACAGAACUCGACACCCAGAAUCCCUCGUGUAUCUACCUACGGUACUACACCUACUCGGGAAUACUUGUGCUGGUGGCCAUCACAGUGAUGAUACAAGUGACACAGUUCGUUAAGAUGCUACUGAUUGUGAUCAUUGGUUCAGCGUACGCUCUACUAAAUCUGUUAUUCUACAAUGACCUGUUUGUCCGAUACGACGAGUACAAUAAGGAGCAAGCCGAGCUAUUGGCAAAAGAAGGACAGGAAGAGAAAGACUACUACAAUGAUUUACCCAGUCGAUACAUUAUUACCUACCAGCUGCUAGCUGCUGGAGCCGCACUCAUUUUCUACAACAGAUUUUUAGAAACAACGAAUAGGCUACUGUUUUUCUGGAAGUACGAAGCACGAAAGCAAAAGGAAGAGGUGGGCAAAUUGCGGAUACGCAACGAGCAACUGGUUCUAAACAUCAUGCCCAUUCACGUAGCCAAGCACUUCUUGCAGAGUAAACGUAAAGACGAGGAUCUAUACGCCCAGGAUUACCCUGAAGUAGGUGUCAUGUUCGCCUCUAUUCCAAACUUCUCCGAGUUCUACAGCGAAGACGCCAUCAAUAACCAGGGAACAGAGUGCCUGAGGUUUUUGAAUGAGAUCAUCAGCGAUUUUGACACGCUCUUGAAAGCCGUGCGUUUCCGAAGCAUCUGCAAGAUCAAGACCAUCUCCAGCACCUACAUGGCGUCGUCCGGGAUGGUUGCCGAGCCAGAGAAGAUCAUCUACGAGGGGGAACAGGAGAGAUGGCAGCACCUGGCCGACCUGGUCAACUUUGCCUUCGCUCUUAGAGACACCCUGGACACUAUCAACCAGCAAUCAUUCAACAAUUUCAUCAUGAAAGUUGGUAUCAACCACGGACCAGUACUCGCUGGGGUGAUCGGCGCUAGGAAGCCCCAUUACGAUAUCUGGGGGAACACGGUCAAUGUAGCAAGUCGAAUGGAAAGUACUGGAAAAGCUGGAAAUAUACAGGUGAUCGAGGAAACAAUGAAGGUACUGAAGAGAUUCGGCUUCAAGUUUCAACAGAGGGGGUACGUCAAGGUCAAGGGCAAAGGUGAACUCCUGACCUUUUACCUCAUCGGCAAGGAGGAGAAGGCUGACGUGCUGCCAAAUAUGGUCGUAUAACCAAAUAUGGUAGUAUAGGGCACCAUCAAUGCCUUUCAGCAUAACCAAAAGUAGGCAGUACAUUACGGAAAAGAGAUUCUCACGGAAACUGAUGUUGAGCACGAUGCUUUAUACAAUAGCCCUAUGCAUUUUUUUUCUUUUCCAAUCACACGAAUCGGAAGUAAACCGUAGUUUGUGCCUUUUUUCAUCAGGAGUUUGUGGACCAUUUUGCAGAGUUCAUUGAUGUAUCUCGUAUUCACUCCAAGUUGUGAUUUAGAAAUCAAAAAGAGGUUUUAUGCAUGUACUCCUAAAUUUUAAAUCCUGUUGAAAUAGCGUACAUAGACCAUUCAAGAAGUAGUUGAAUAGAACUGGAUGAAUAGAAAGUUAUAUAGUGGCCAUCAAUAAUUAUUAGAAAUGGACAGUGAACCUCAAUUUACUUUUAGAUUGAAUGACAGUUAACAAUGAACUAGAUGAGAUAAGGACACAAUCUUGACGAUUUUUAAAGGGGAGAAAUGUGAAUUAUAUGACGAUUUUGUUCUGCCUGAACACGGUGUACAUAAUGCUGAAUAUAAAGUUAUUAGCGGGCAAGUUUCAGUGUAAAUAUUAAACAAAGAAAAGUUCCCACGAUGCAAUGUAAUGUCACGUGACUUGUUUGAAACGUAAAGUCACGUGAGACGUUUCUUACGUGACAUAUCUUCGUUUAUCUACCCUUUCCGAUUGCAGAUAGUCUUAAGCUUAGAACGUACAAGAGCCCAGAACACAUCAAAAAAACUUUCACAAAAAAGAAAAGUAUUUUGAUGGUAUUGUACAAAUAAGUUAUAGACAUAUUCCUUUUCUAAUGUAAAAUGUGUACAGUGUGAAUAUAAGAUUACAUUGAGUAUAUAUAUAUCGCCACCUUUGCAAUAACACCUGAACUGUGCAAUUCCUUAUCAUAUCGUUGAAAUUAUUACAUUAAAAUUUGAUUGUAUAUCAGUCUUGCGUUAUUAUGUAAAUAUGGACAUAAAUCUUCAGAAUCAUUAACCUUUGACAUUGGAAGUUGGCAUUUAGAGUAUUUUAUGCUCAACUCUAAAUUGACUGAUACGUUUCUUUUCCAAUACAGAAUGACCAAAUUCAAGGAGUAAAAAAAUAUUCAGUUUCACUUAACAAUUCAAGCUGAGGAAAAAACAUUCCGAGAAAAAAAACCCCUCAGCUAUAUUACUCACUGGUUUUUGUGACGUUUCCACUUGUGUCAUAUAUUGUGUUUCAUCUCUUGCUGCAUUGUCUGUUUUGAAAACUAAAAUAUUGAUCUAUAUAUACUGUACCUUUUAAAAUCAUUUUUAUUUUUUACAAAA